AUGGCCAAUAAGAAACCGCUCGACGGUCUUUCCUUCUGCUGUACUGGAAUCAAGGCCAAAAAACGAGAAGAGAUUGCUGAAAAAAUCGCUGCUCUCGGUGGUAUCCAUUAUAGUGAUCUUAUGAGCGAUGUGCGGUUUCUCUUGGUGGGGGAUAGAGACACGGCAAAAUACCAAUUCUGUAUCAAAGAACGUUACGACGUGACAUUUCUUACGGAGGACUCGAUCCUUGAGCUCUACGACUGCUGGAUCAGAGGAGAUGAUGAUGAUUCUGAAAAGCUACAGAUACUCUCCUACAAGCAGCCCGUAUUCUCUGGGUUGUCCAUUUGCAUUUCCCGUAUUGAACUGUCUGAUUCUUUCCGCAAGAAACCAGCAAGCAAAGAAUCACUUUCAGACUAUUUCAUGUACAGAUCUUUGGCUUCUGAAGUGGCGAAAAACGGUGGAAAACCAGCGGACUCGCUCACUAAUAGCAAUUCUUGUAUCGUCACCACACAAACAGGAGGUAAACGAUAUUCAAAGGCUGUAGAGUGGAGAAUCCCCGUAGUUCACCCUCUUUGGAUACACGAUAGCCUCAUUCGAGGGGCUGCACUCGACAUGGAAGAUUAUAAGUUGUCUGAAGACACUAAAACUCUUUACGAAUCUGGAUCUAAAGUAUGGAAACAACUUAUUUUAGCCAAAACCCAACCCGAACAAAGUACUGUGGCUUCCGUAGCUGUCGAUGCUAAUGAAUUCCAAGCAGAAAAGACUAAGAAACCUUUGAAGAAAAAUGCAGAAAUAUGGAAUUCUAUCAUGGACCAUACGAGACAGCAAACACGUCGUUUUGUCCGUGAUUCUUUGUGGGAUGAUGAGCCUGAAUCUGAUCUUAGCGUCCCGAAAUCUUCUAUUAUCGAAAAGGAGACUAUACAGCUCCAGCAGAGACUGUUGUUUCUGGGCUACAACUUUCUAUUGAUCGGGUUCACAGAUCAUCAGGCGAACUUGCUCUCACAGGCUAUAGCAAAUCACGGCGGUGAAAUAAGCACAGACACUAUGGACAGCACAAUCACGCAUAUCAUCCUACCAGCAGCUAAUGGCUCGCAGUCGCUGAUGAUGCUCAAAAUUCUAGCACCACUGAUAAAAUCCAAGAUCAGUGAUGGAGAUAUAAAAGUGGUAACCGAAUGGUUUAUAGAACGAUCUAUUUUCUACAGUAGUGCUGUAAUCGACAGAUGGAGUCAACCCUUGAAGGGCAUGAUUAGCUCGAACAAGAAGUUCAAAAUCUGUAUUACUGGGUUUACUGGAAUUGAACUUCUACAUAUCGAAAAGCUCAUCAACAAUCUUGGAUUCGAGUUCUGUGAAACCUUGACGUCGAAAAGAGACUUGUUGAUCAUCAACAUCAACUUGUUCAAGACAAAUCUUAGCAAGAAUUCUCCCAAAUUGUUCCAAUACAAGUAUCCAGACAUCACCAAUUGUCCCACCUACCAAUCUGGUACUUCCUCGGUGUCUGUUAUUUCGUCCAAGAACAAGAUCAAUGCCGCCAAGAAGUGGGAAAUCCCCAUUGUAUCAAUAUCGUAUCUAUGGGAAAUAUUAGAAUUAAGUGUGAACAGAGAGGUGCCAGUGAUGCCGGACUUGUUGGACUUGACCUGGUGUAUUUUUGCACCCAAAAACUACAGCAGACCCAAGUCGUUGUUGGAGUAUGUGCAAAACAUGCAUCCGGAAGAAGCAGAGCAGACCAUUGAUAAUGGAGAUGACAGUAUUAUGAAGUUGCCAUCUCCAAGAAGAAACAGCACAAAGAAACAGAAGUAUGGAAGAUUGGUGGGACGGCAAUCGCCAGAGUCAAUUACAGCAAAGUUGACUCGAGUCGCAGAAGCUGCUCAGCAGUCGGAAGACGAGAAAAUGAUGGACGAUAACGACGUAACGAAUAUUGAAGAUGACGAGGUGUUAACCCAGGUCAGAUACCAGGAUUAUGAUUCUCUCAGAAAUAAUGAAGAAUUAUUGAAAAAGUUGGGAGAGUCAGAAGUGCAACUGGAACUAGACAAAGAGAACAAUACUAGGAGUAAAUCCAAGACUUCCCGAAGAAGUUCCAGGAUGACAGGUAAAUAUAGUAAGUAGAAGAAGAAACAUCCAAAAUGG